UUUGCUUAUUACAGUACUGCUGUCCAGAUGAGGUCUUGUGAGUAGCUAAAAAUAGUGCGACUGCCAGGACUAAUUGUAGCAGUCGUUUGUUGCUCUCCAGAUAUUAAAUAUGCGCUUAAAUAAAAGGUUUGCAAAUCAUUUUAGCAACAAAAGACACCCACUUUAUAUUUAAGCUAGGCGUCUGUUAACUUUUUUUUUUUAACUGUACCCCUUCUGUCUGGAGUUUUAAGCUCAAGUAUUCCUACAGUUUUCAGUCGACUUAAUGGUACCACAGUUACAAUAAAAGGCAGAUUAUUCUGAAUAACAUUUAUUUGUUUCCGUUUAUUUAAUACCGGCACAUAAUUUGUGUUACAACAGGUUGGGACUGACAAAACUGCUGGAUUAGGACAGAAUAGCAAACCGUAGUCUAAAUUCUUAAAACUUUUAAUUACAUGUCUUUGGAUACACAUAAUUAAAAGGCAGUACUUGGGAAUCUCUGGAAACACACGUAUUCGCUGUCUAUUCAGCAAAGUUAUGAUAAAAAAUACAAAAUAGUCUGCACUGUAAGUGUUUAUCACGUUACCUUCUCAGCAUGUGCACCAUUUAACAUUUUUACAAUAUCAAAAAUAUUAACCUCAAGAUAAAACUAUAAUAACUAUCUGUAUUUUUUCAUUAAAGCCAAGAUUGUAAAAAAAUGAUCCAAAGGGAUUCGGUAUAACUUGCUGUCGCGUUGCACUUUCUGUAUUUUUGUGUUUUAUUCGUUUUUCAUUUGCAAGUAAGAAAUGUAUCCAUCCAUCCAUCCUUCCAUUAUCUGUAACCGCUUUUCCUAGAGUGUUUCGGUGAGCCGGAGCCUUAAGCCGGCAGACAGGGCAGGGCGCAAGGCGAGACUACACCCUGGACGGGACGCUCAGUCCAGGGAUGCAGCCACACCCAAAACAAAAACCGAGUGUUUACCGGAGCAUUUACACUUCUAAAAAAUGCCGAAAUAUUGUGCUUCGCUGAUUAGUAUUCAAUUAUACGACAAAAAAAUUACAUGAAAACAACAAAGUUAAUGAGCAGCACACAGCGCUCUCCACAGGCAGAAUCACCAGACACCAAGAGCAUACAGCUGCAGAACGAAGGCUCCCACAGCGUAGCUCCCGUAAGGCAUUCACAUAGGGUAGGGUAGUGCCGUGUGCGCAACUUGUAAUUUACGAAGUCCUUCAUUCAAUGAUCUAGAUACAUAAGAUGGUCAACUCCGCUGACUUCCGUCCGAGCCGAAGUGGUGCAUCCUGGGAAGCCAGAGUUCCGGUGGCGAGUUUUAUCUCUCUACUAGUUGACACUUUACGAGAGGCAGCGUCUGCUUUGGAGCAGGAAAAAGAGAGCCUGCUGGAGAUGAUUAACUCCAUACAGAGCAGCCAGGAGAUGCGGAGCAUCAGUGAUGGUGAAAGAGAGGAGCUUAGUUUAACAGCCAGUCGCCUUUUAAGCAGGACUCUGACUGUUGAGGUUUCAGUGGAAACAAUUCGGAACCCCCAGCAGCAGGAUGCCCUCAGCAAGGCCACCUCUAUCGUUGACGAGAUAGCUGGGGAAAUUCUAAAUGACCUGGAAGGGGGCAAGAAACGUCUGCUAUCCCUCCUUGCUGCCUGUGUCACCGAGGCACCGCCUGUCCCAAUUGAUCAGAAGUUCCAGAGCAUAGUGAUCAGCUGUGCUUUGGAGGACCAGAAAAAAAUCAAGAGGAGGAUAGAAACCCUCAUCAGAAAUGUGGACAAUUCAGGGAAAACCAUCAGAAUCAUGGAUCAUCAGAAGUUAAAUGGCCAAAAAGUCAACAAGAGCCUUCAGUAGUGCAAUCACCAGUAGGAUUUUAUCUAAAUCUGCAAGGCUACCAAUAACCCCUCAAGGACCAAUGACAAUUGUGAUAAAAGGUGCACAUUCUUAUAAUGAAAAGGCAGAAUUGCUGAUGAUAAGCCUGGUCCUUAAGGGGUUCACGUAGCUCUUGAAAUUCAAGGAUAGGAUUAUGGUAUGACAAGGUCUUACACAUUCCACUAGAUAAUAUUUACAUGCCUACAAAACUGAUGUCUUCACUGUGUCCAAAAUAUUAAUGUGGGAUGUGAGGAUCUUUGUACUCAACAUUUGAUUAACUGCAAAUAAUGUAUGGGGUAGGGUUAGGGUAUAGAGUGUGAAUUGUGUAGUUGUUAAAUUAAGAUUCUGGCUUGGUAUGAUAGGAGCGUAGAAAGUUUAUGAAGUCUCGGUUCCAAUCUUACUAACGUUGAUUUCUGGUACUCCCUAGCAUUAGGAUUGUUUAGCAUAACGUAACAAUGAAUUGCAUUUAAGGUAUAAUUUUGUUUAGUAUUCUCAAGUGAAUUAUUUUAUACUACUCAAAUUUGCUAAAGAUCACAUGGUUAUAUGGCAUUUGUGUGAAGACAAUAAAAAAAAAAAUUGAAGCACAAUAAAUCAAAUUUAACACCUUUAUUUAAAAAUAAUGAAUUGGGGACAAUUUCUAAAUAACAUGCAGGAUCAAGAUUUGAGUUUGAUUCAAUUUCUACAGGCCCAGGGAUAACUUAACUUAAAAAAAAAAAAAAAAAAAAAGUGUACUUCCAUGUUGCUUGUGAGAUGCGACGGCGUAGCACCACGA